AUGUCAUCUCGUUCCGUCGGUUCAUCCAAGGGCGCUGUCUCGAUCUCCAGCAAGUUUCCAUCGAGAAAGUACUUCAGUGGUCUAGUCACAAUCGUUGUCGGUCCCUCCAAGAAGAAUUGCACUGUUCACAAAGAACUGUUAUCCUUCUACUCUGACUACUUUCGCGCGGCCUUCAAUGGGUCUUUCGUAGAAGCAUCGGACAAGAAGGUUGAGCUGCACGAUGUCCAGGAAGAGGUCUUCGAAAAUUCACACGCUUGGCUCUAUACACGCACGCUCGCUUCUAGUGACGACAAGGCUCUGGACUGGCACCCUCUCAAUAACCUCUGGAUCUUUGGUGAUCGCUUCCAGAUACCCAUGCUACAGAACUGUGUCAUCGAUGAGAUGUUCCACAAGAGAGAGCGUGAGAACGUCUUCUCACUUGCCAUAGCGAAGAUUGCAUACGAAAACACUCCCGUCGGAUCACCACUUCAUAAGGCAAUCGUCAACAUCAUCGCCCACAGAAGCGUGCUCAGAGAACACGCAAUGAGUAUCAUGACAGCCGCCUACAGUGGGUGCUACACCAUCGAAUUGCUCCAAGAUGUUAUCAUGGAGAUUGAUGCUGCACGUAUGGACAAAUUGCCUCAAUACAAGAUGCCAAAGCGAGAUAAGUGCUUCUUCCAUGUUCAUGGGAAGGAUGAGCAUUGUUGA